UCUGUUUCGGACUCCAUCUGAGAAUCAUGUUUCAAAAUGUGCAAAUAUAAGUACAUAAUCAAUCUCUUUCUCCUCACUGUGUUAGGUGCUGACUCAAAAGGUGAAAACCUGUCAAAAAUUCAGCGCGGUUUUGAUCAGAAGCGGUCUGGAAUCUCCUAUGUGUUGAUCGGCAGUUAUUCAUACCGAAAUCAGGAUAACAAGGGAAAUAAUACGGGCAGGAUUUUUGUACCUCCUCCUACUACAUUUGGUGGAAAACGUGUAACUGCAUUAUCCGGAUCAGAGGGAAGUUCCGAAAACAGUUCAUCAAACACAAUAAUCAAUUAUAUUCGAAAUAAACCCUGGACACCGCCUAUUGGCACAGAAGCUCAAUGUUCGAAAUUUUUGGAUGAAAUCGCCCAGCUGAAGAAAACACUGCAAGAGCAGUCAGAUUUAAUAAAAAAUCUAACACAGAAAAGCGAUAAAUCCGUAAAACAAACAACUGAGAAAGCUGUAAUCAAAAAAGGUUCCAAGAAAACAACGCCAGACAAAUUAGCCCAUAAGGAUGUGUACUUCAGUUCGCGAAAAACGUACGACGAGAUGAUCAAGCUGUUCGACAAAACCACAUUAAACGGUCUCCACCCUAAGCUUCGAACAAAUGCCGAUUAUUACCUUCAUCAUUUGAAAAUGAAUCUACUUGUGCUAACAAGCAAUAUUCAAGGCUUUUCUAAGAUAGAAGACUGCUUCAGCACGUUCCUGAGUAGAACCCAACAACUGCGCGAGUACAUGGCAUAUUAUUAUGGUAGCUGCAAGGGCCACUAUGAGCAAACGUGUAAUAGGAAUGCGCUGGUAACCUACCAGGAUGGUUUACGUGAACUGGAAUACAUGAUCGCCGAAUGCAUCCGUCAGCGAAUCAACUAAAGUUCUAUCAUAAUAUGAUGUAUUGAACCAAAAAAUGUCCACAAGACACGAUAACAAAUGAGGAAUAACGAAAGAUUGCGAUGGUGGGUGCAGUAAAUACGAUGAGUUUAGGUGCAGUAACGAAACUUACCCUUACCCGUAUCACCAACAUUUUUUACCACACUGUCUAACUUGGCUUGCACCUUUGUUUGAACGUUCUCUGCACCUUCCUUCAUUUUGGCAAGUAUACCUGUAUAGAAAUUUUGGAUAGUUAUUUCACCUAGUGGAAUUAGACACGUCUUCUUUCCAUCGAAGCAAGCAAGCAAUUACAAUAUAUUUAUUCUUAAAAACAGCUACAUUGACAAACGUAUCAUCAUGAGCUCAUGCUGAAAAAUAAUACUAUUUCAUUCACAGUGAAAAAAAAUUAAAACUAAAAGACAAAUAUUAUCGAUUUUUUUCAUUGUUUUGGCGAAAUGCUUGUGACAGUGAUAUAUCCAUAAAUAUUAAAUAUACAAUAAAUAUACAACGAAUAAUGAAAAUAA